CUGAAUAAUUGGGAGCUGGAAAUGGCUGCUGCCUGGAGAGGUCUGUUUGGCUAUUGCUCCUUCCGUGUUUUGGGUUUUUAAAGCCAGACAUCCAACCAUCCUCCAUCCACCUGCAGAAGUGAGCGUCUAUUGAAGCUGCAGCUGCUCUCUCCCUGUGGCCAGCUACCCGGCGAGGCUCACAGAGGGAGCGGCUUCGCGGGCCAGGCACAACAGUGGUGCUAGCAAAUUCGAAAAGGGAAGGCAGUUCCCAGGCUUGCCUCGCAGAGAGCUGGGCAGAAAGCCUUGGUAUUGUGGUCACAUCCCUCCUCUGAAGUGAGCAGACGCCGCCGGCAGUGUUCUCAGGGCGCCGGGAUGUUGCUGGUGCUGUGGCACUUUCUGUCUAGUGUUUUCCUGAGGGCUGGGUGCCAAGGCUCCAGACAGGGCGCAGAUCAUGAAGCCAGCGGCACCCUGGCUCCUGCCCAAGGAGACCAGGUGUCAAGCAUGGCAGGAAAACCAAACGGAAGGGCUGACGCCACGGACAAGAGACCCACCAUUUUGCUGGUCGUCGGACCUGCAGAGCAGUUUCCUAAGAAAAUCGUGCAAGCCGGAGAUAAGGACCUGGAUGGGCAGCUGGACUUUGAGGAGUUUGUCCAUUACCUCCAAGACCACGAGAAGAAACUGAGGCUGGUGUUUAAGAGUUUAGACAAAAAGAAUGAUGGACGCAUCGACGCGCAGGAGAUCAUGCAGUCCCUGCGGGACCUGGGCGUCAAGAUAUCUGAGCAGCAGGCAGAGAAAAUUCUCAAGAGCAUACGAACGGGCCGCUUCUGGGGCCCUGUCACCUACAUGGACAGAAACGGCACGAUGACCAUCGACUGGAACGAGUGGAGGGACUACCACCUGCUGCACCCCGUGGAGAACAUCCCGGAGAUCAUUCUGUACUGGAAGCAUUCCACGAUCUUUGAUGUCGGCGAGAACCUGACGGUGCCGGAUGAGUUCACCGUGGAGGAGAGACAGACGGGCAUGUGGUGGAGACACCUUGUGGCAGGAGGCGGGGCAGGGGCCGUGUCCAGAACCUGCACAGCUCCCCUGGACAGACUCAAGGUGCUCAUGCAGGUCCAUGCCUCCCGCAGUAACAACAUGUGCAUCGUGGGCGGAUUCACCCAGAUGAUCCGCGAGGGAGGAGCCAAAUCCCUAUGGCGCGGCAACGGCAUCAAUGUCCUCAAAAUCGCCCCCGAGUCGGCCAUCAAAUUCAUGGCGUACGAGCAGAUCAAGCGUCUUGUCAGCAGUGACCAGGAGUCUCUGAGGAUUCACGAGAGGCUUGUGGCAGGGUCCCUGGCAGGUGCCAUCGCCCAAAGCAGUAUUUACCCCAUGGAGGUCCUGAAGACCCGGAUGGCCCUGCGGAAGACAGGCCAGUACUCAGGCAUGAUGGACUGUGCCCGGAAGAUCCUGGCCAGAGAGGGCAUGGCAGCCUUCUACAAAGGCUAUGUCCCCAACAUGCUGGGGAUCAUCCCCUAUGCCGGCAUCGACCUGGCCGUCUACGAGACGCUCAAGAACGCCUGGCUGCAGCGCUACGCAGUGAACAGCGCAGACCCCGGGGUGUUCGUGCUCCUGGCCUGCGGCACCAUGUCCAGCACCUGUGGACAGCUGGCCAGUUACCCAUUGGCACUGGUCAGGACCCGCAUGCAAGCACAAGCCUCCAUUGAGGGCGCCCCGGAGGUGACCAUGAGCAGCCUCUUCAAACAGAUCCUGCGGACCGAGGGAGCCUUUGGCCUGUACCGAGGGCUGGCCCCCAACUUCAUGAAGGUGAUCCCCGCCGUGAGCAUCAGCUACGUGGUGUACGAGAACCUGAAGAUCACGCUGGGCGUGCAGUCUCGGUGACGGGCCUCGGUCCAGGACGUGUAGCCAUCUCAUUCUGUGAAUGAAGCCCAGCUGGGACGCCCCAGAACGUGCCCCCUGGGUUUGUCCCGCUGGUCCCCGCGUGGAUUCCAGGGGACACCUGUCCCCGUGGGUGUUCCUCGGUGUCCAGGAGUCAGCGGGACUCGGGCGCUUGAGCGCAGAGGCAGGGGCAUGUCCCUCAGUGCCUGCCAAGGGGCAGAGCUUGGAGACUGGCUUAGUCCUCUCGUGUCGCGCUCGCUGCCAGAACAUCACGCAGGCCCCCUCGUCUCCUUCCUCUGCUGUGUCCAGACAGGAGGGCGGCUCGCCCACCCCCGCUCUCCGAUCGCCUGCCCACAAGCCUUCGGUAAAAGAGGGUUUCACCUGACCUCCCCGCUGGCCUGGCUGAGCUGCUGGCAUGAUCGUUGUGAGCAAGGGGCAAGAGUAACCUUUGUGCCCCCCCCCCCGCCGUGUGAGCUGACAGCAGAUGGGCCCAGAUGUCCUGAGCUUGCACGAGUGGCCACUCUGCUCCCUGCCGUCACGGCCCAUGGCAUCUAGACAGGCCGGUGCCUGCAGGCUGGGGGCUCUGCCCUCUGCUUGUGUCUCCUGGGACUCCGAGCUGGCUCCGCCUCUGUCAGGACUGGCCCCAGCCCAGAACCAAACUUGCUGUCCCUGCGCUGUGGCAGGCGGGGCUGUGUCUCAGGGGGACACGUCUGUCCCAUGCCUCUGUCCCCGGGUGAAAGAAGGAACAGGUGUGAAAGCCCGAAUUACGUAUCACUGGGAAAAGGGUCUUUGUUCAGAAAGACAAGCUGGAUGAAUGUGCGGGGUUUUUUGCUUCCAGAGAGAAGACGGGGUGGGCAGUUCUGCAUUACAGUCUGUCUCUGACAUCCCAGGGGCUGGAUGUCUAACCCUGACCAAGGCAUAAUGGGACCAGCCUCACAUUCCACUGACACAAUGGAUCACACUGCUCGGAACCUAUUUAUUUUGUAUUUAUUUGAACAGAGUUAUGUCCUAACUAUUUUUAUAGAUGUGUUUAAUUAAUAGUCAGUUCUUCUCAAGUUCUUUUUAUCUUCGUAUUUAUGUUCAUGGUGAGUUGUACUUUCUCGACACCGCAUGGUGGGGAGAGAGGAGGACAAAGGGACCACGGGCGCUCCUGCCCACCGCCCACAACUAUGUCCUGUCUGUCCAAAGAAGCUGAGACCGUCCUCGGAGCUGGAGGCCCACGAGGGAGGACAGGGCAGGUGCAGGCUUGUCUUUGUCUUGUGGGCCAGCACUGCCUGGGCUUCCUGUUGGGUGUGUGUCCCGGAAGGAGAGCCCAGAAAACCCCAGUGUCUGAAGGCCUGAUUUGAUUGGGGCCGAGAAGAUUGGGAGCUAUCCCAAGAGUGUUGAAGAUGGAUGUCCAAAUCAUUUCCUGGACUGGGAGAAUGUUGUUAUUUCACCCCCUUAUUUUGAGUCAGAAGGUCGUGAGGUGCCUUUCGAGAGCUUGGGAUGGAUGGAUGGAUGGAUGGAGUGCUGGGACGGAGGAGCUCGGCUCUUUCCCUCCCUUGUCCCCGUGGGGAAGAUGGGCUCCUGCCCUUGCUCCACCACCAUGUAACUCUCACGCCUGCCCGCCGACGGCUGCACUUCCAUUCUAGGAGAAUGGCCCGCCGAGGGCACUUUCAAUAGGAAGCAAAGAUCAAUGCAAACAUCACCUGCAAGGUAGAUAGCGAUGAUGGCAAUGUGCCCAAGAACCGCUUGAGAAAGAAUUGGAAGCUGUCGUGUCAAACAGCCCUCUAAUAAAGUUGUUUCAAAGUGGA